CAGGAAGUGCACGGCGCAUGCUCGGGAUGGUAACGGAGCAGCCUGCGAAUUGGGGCCUGUUGAUGCUGACUAUCUCGGGGGCAAGAGUUGGACUCGCUUUCUCGCUAUGCAGGGGGCAUUCUUCAAUCUACUUGCGGCCUGUGGAGCCAUGGUGAUCCCCUAAGGAUUCAGUUAAGAUGUCAGAAGCAUCCAAGACUCGCACUGUAAUUUUUGGCCAGGUGGUUAUUGGGCCACCUGGUUCGGGGAAGACUACCUACUGUGUGGGGAUGCAAGAGUUUCUCUCAAAGCUCGGUCGCAAGGUGGCAGUAGUGAACCUUGAUCCUGCUAAUGACCUCAUUCCAUACCAGUGUUGUGUGGACAUUGGUGAGCUGGUGAAACUUGAUGAUGUUAUGGAUGGCCUUGGACUGGGCCCUAAUGGAGGACUUGUUUACUGCAUGGAAUACUUGGAGGCAAAUCUGGAUUGGCUGCUGGGCAAGCUGGAACAAUUCAAGGACUAUUAUUUCCUUUUUGACUGUCCUGGUCAGGUGGAGCUGUACACACACAACUGCUCUGUGAGGAACAUACUUGCACAGUUAACCAAGUGGAAUUUCAGGCUAGCGGCUGUCCAUCUAGUCGAUUCUCACUACUGCACUGAUCCUGCAAAGUUUAUUUCCAUCCUAUGCACAUCGCUGUCCACCAUGCUGCAAGUGGAAUUACCUCAUGUCAACAUCCUCUCCAAAAUGGAUCUCAUUGAACAGUUUGGAAAAUUAGCAUUUAAUCUGGAUUAUUAUACUGAGGUGUUGGAUCUGUCUUACCUGUUGGAUCAUUUAGGCAAAGACCCUUUCUUCAAAAACUUUCGACGAUUAAACAAGAAACUGGUGGAAGUCAUUGAAGAUUACAGUCUGGUUUCCUUUGUACCACUUAAUGUCCAGGAUAAAGACACCAUGAAGCACGUAAUGAAGGCUGUUGAUAAGGCCAAUGGAUAUUGCUUUGGGGACUCAGAGCAAAGAACUUUGGAAGCCAUGAUGUCUGCAGCUGUGGGAGCAGAUUUCCAGUUCACCAUAUCCAUGGAUGCUCAGGAGAAGUAUGUGAAAUCAGUUGAGGAGAAUGUGGAGGAGGAGGUGAUGCAGCUCUCCCAUUCGGACACAAACUUUGACACAACAUGAAUUUUUCAAUCCAAUGCCUGUCAUGGUUGGCUUCACUUGAUGAUAGAGACUCUAAUGAAGUUGGUGUCUUUCUAAAUGUGUGAUGAUUUCAGGUGUGGAAGUAGACACAAGUCAUUUCCACACUUGCCACAGUUCAGCCGUGGAUGUACCCACUGACAGCUGCUGAUUUCCUUCAGUGCAUCUUGUUAGUUGGCUCCUUGCAUUGUUUGGAGUGGAAAUGUUUGAAAAAUGAGUUGUUUCCAGCAUGUUGAACUAUUGUUUUUUUUAAACAAGUAGGUGCCCAAUAAAGAUGUUUUACUUUGCUA